UCUUAUCCAAAAUCUUAAAAUUCAGUUUCAACAAUUUCACUUUUAUGUAGGACUUCAACUCACAUUUAUAACUUAUCUCCGAUGAGGGAUUACUCACCAUGAGUUGACAUCCUAGUUUCUUUGCGUUUGUAUUUUCGAAGUUCCUAAAUCAUAUGGCAGAAAGAGCAGAACCAUCCUCGUCUUCCUUCGCAGACAAAUGGAAUUUUUAUGAUGUCUUCCUCAGUUUUAGAGGCAAAGACACUCGUCAAAAUUUCACUGGCCAUCUCUACAAUUCUCUAUUCAAAAAUGGAAUUCUUACUUUCAUAGAUGAUAAAGGGCUUAGGAGGGGGGAAGAAAUUACACCAGCUCUUCUCAAUGCCAUUAAGAAUUCAAGGAUUGCCAUCAUUGUUUUCUCAGAGGACUAUGCAUCCUCAACUUAUUGCUUGGAUGAACUUGUCACGAUCCUUGAGAGCUUCAAGGAAGAAGAGGGUCGAUCAAUUUAUCCAAUAUUUUAUUAUGUGGAUCCAUCACAAGUUCGGCAUCAAACAGGGACUUAUUCAGAUGCAUUGGCAAAACACGAAGAAAGGUUCCAAUAUGACAUUGACAAAGUGCAACAAUGGAGGCAGGCUUUAUAUCAAGCAGCUAAUCUAUCAGGCUGGCAUUUCCAUGGAUCUCAACCAGAGUAUAAGUUUAUACUAAAGAUUGUUAAAGAGAUCUCUGAAAAGAUUGAUUGUGUUCCUUUACACGUUGCUGAUAAACCAAUUGGGCUAGAGUAUGCAGUGCUAGCAGUGAAAUCUCUCUUUGGACUCGAAUCUGAUGUCAGCAUGAUAGGAAUAUAUGGUAUUGGUGGUAUAGGUAAAACCACAAUUGCUCGUGCCGUGUAUAACAUGAGUUUUAGUAAAUUUGAAGGCAUCUGUUUCCUCCCUGACAUUAGAGAAAAGGCAAUUAAUAAGCAUGGCCUUGUUGAACUCCAAGAAAUGCUACUUUCUGAAACACUCAAGGAGAAAGAUAUCAAAGUGGGACAUGUCAACAAAGGAAUUCAAAUAAUAAAACAGAGGCUUCAACAAAAGAAGGUUCUUUUAAUUCUAGAUGAUGUUGACAAAUUAGAGCAGUUAAAGGUCCUUGCAGGACAAUAUGAUUGGUUUGGUUCUGGAAGUAUAAUCAUUAUCACCACAAGAGACAAACACUUGCUGGCUACUCAUGAGGUGGUAAAAUUAUAUGAGGUUAAACCAUUAAAUGAUGAAAAAUCUCUUGAAUUGUUUGAUUGGCAUGCCUUUAAAAAUAAUAAAACUGAUCCAAGUUAUGUGACUAUUUCAAACCGUGCAGUUUCUUAUGCAUGUGGCCUUCCCUUGGCUUUGGAAGUUAUAGGUUCUGACUUAUUUGGAAAAAGUUUGAAUGAAUGUAAUUCUGCAUUGGAUAAAUAUGAAAGAAUUCCUCAUGAAAAAAUCCAUGAAAUAUUUAAAGUAAGCUAUGAUGGUUUGGAAGAAAACGAGAAGGGGAUUUUCCUUGACAUUGCUUGUUUCUUGAAUACUUUUAAAGUGAGCUAUGUCACACAAAUGCUACACGCUCAUGGUUUUCAUCCAGAAGAUGGUUUGAGAGUGUUGGUUGACAAAUCUCUCGUAAAGAUUGAUGCUUCUGGUUUUGUGAGAAUGCAUGAUCUAAUUAGAGAUACAGGCAUAGAAAUUGUAAGGCAAGAAUCAACAGUUGAGCCUGGCAGACGUAGUAGGUUAUGGUUUAAAGAGGACAUUGUUCAUGUUUUGGAAGAAAAUACGGGAACUGAUAAAAUAGAAUUCAUAAAGCUUGAAGGGUACAACAACAUACAAGUGCAAUGGAAUGGAAAAGCCUUCCAGAAGAUGAAGAACCUGAGAAUUUUGAUAAUUGAAAAUACAACCUUUUCUACAGGCCCUGAGCAUCUACCAAAUAGUUUGAGAUUUCUAGACUGGAGCUGCUAUCCUUCACCAUCUUUACCAUCUGAUUUCAAUCCAAAACGAGUUGAGAUACUCAAAAUGCCUGAAAGUUGCCUUAAAAUCUUCCAACCUCACAAGAUGCUUGAAUCAUUGUCUAUAAUAAACUUUAAAGGUUGCAAGGUCUUAACCCAUCUGCCGAGCCUAAGAGAAGUACCACUCGUAACCUUUUUGUGUCUCGAUUACUGCAGUAAUUUAGUUAAAAUUGAUUGUUCAAUUGGGUUUCUUGAUAAGCUCCUCACCCUGAGUGCUAAAGGAUGCUCCAAGCUGAAAAUUCUAGCACACUGCAUCAUGUUGACUUCUCUCGAAAUUUUGGAUCUUGGGGAUUGCUUGUGUCUUGAGGGCUUCCCAGAAGUAUUGGUUAAGAUGGAGAAAAUAAGAGAAAUAUGUUUAGACAACACAGCCAUAGGCACAUUGCCAUUUUCAAUUGGAAAUCUUGUUGGACUUGAACUCUUGUCCCUGGAGCAAUGCAAAAGGCUGAUUCAGCUACCAGGUAGUAUCUUUACACUGCCGAAAGUUGAAGUGAUAUUUGGUUUUAGGCAUUGGAGAUAUCUAUUCUUUGAAGAGAACCAAGAUGGGAAAGAGUUGAGUUUAGAAGUGUUUCCAAAGGCCAUUCUUGUUUGCCAUCUUGAUCCCAGGCAUUAUCAUCAUCUUGACCUGUAUUAUCUGUACAUGAGUCCUAAUAAUGUCAUCCAAGUAUGCAGUCCUAAUCUGUAUAUGCUCUGUGAUUUCGAUUUGUUGUUCCAAAAGCUUGCAUUGGGUGUCGAGAAGGACUGGUUUCGCAGAUGCAGGAAAUGGUCAAUGAAUUUCUCGUUUCGAAAAAAGUUUCCUAAGAUUGCGGUAUGUUGUUCUAUAAUAUCUAGAUUGAAAAGUGUCAUGGAAAUGGUGUUGAUUUUGAAGUUCAGCGUACUCAUCAAUGGCACUAUGCAAUUUAGUUCUUCAUGUAAUUACAUAUUUAGAACAUGGGACCCGAUACUCUGGUGUGAUCUAGAAUGCAAAGCGGAGGGAAUAUUUUCAGAGCACGAAUGGAAUGAAGCUGAGAUUUUAUUCGAGUUGAAAUGUCCUGCACCAAGUUCUGUAGAAGCAAUGUGGGCCCACAACAUUUCCAUGGAAAUUAUAGACUGGACUCUAAUUGGUGUCUACAAUCAAGGAAACAUUAAGGAUGAUAUUAAAUUCAAAAUGCCGAUGUCAACUUUUUUACUCCCUAACGGAGAACCUCCUUCAUUACCUGGUUGUUUGUACUAUGUUGUUAGUCAUGUGACCGAUAAGCUUGUAUUGGUGGUAGACGAUGGAAGGGAGAAGGGUGAACAGGAAGAGAAAAUUAUUGGAUAAAUGACCAUUUUAGUCUCUUAAUAUGUACAUCUGUAACAAUUUAGUCUUCGAAAGAAUACAAAUCCUGUUUUAGUUCUUGAAUGUAUAAGAAAUGUGACAAUCUGAGAAAUGGACACAGUUUUAGAGUAAACAAUAA